AUGGAGACUCCUCUUGAGAAGGCCCUGACCACUAUGGUCACGACUUUCCACAAAUAUUCGGGGAGAGAGGGCAGCAAACUGACCCUUAGUAGGAAGGAACUAAAGGAGCUGAUCAAGAAGGAGCUGUGUCUUGGUGAGAGGAAGGAGAGCAGUAUCGAUGACCUGAUGAAGAGCCUGGACAAAAACAGCGACCAGGAGAUUGACUUCAAGGAGUACUCAGUGUUCCUGACCACGCUGUGCACGGCCUAUAACGACUUCUUCUUGGAGGACAACAAGUGA